CGCGAAACGCAGUGCCAUCGUGAAGUACGUAGGGCCUUGCGGGGCGGCGUUAGCACAGUUGCGUGGAACCGCCGCAGGCGGCGUUGGCGGCGGGGGCGGCGCGGCCCGCCUGUCGUUCGGGGCGUCGCUGUGGGCGCUGGCGCGCAACCGCGACUUCGCGCUGCUGUGGUGCGCGUACGGGCUGAACGUGGGCGUGUUCUACGCGGUGUCGACGCUGCUCAGCCAGAUGCUGCUGGCGCACUUCCCGGGCGCGGAGGAGGACGCUGGGCGCGUGGGGCUGGCCAUGGUGGUGGCCGGCGUGGCCGGGUCGGUGGCCGGCGGCCUGGCGCUCGACCGCUGGCGCCGCUACAAGCGCACCACGCUGCUGGUGUACGCGCUGGCGCUGGCCGGCCUGCUCGCCUUCGCCUUCGCCCUGCGCUCCGCCAGCCUCGCCGCCGUCUACGCCUCCGCCGCGCUGCUCGGCUUCUUCACCACCGGGUACCUGGGCGUGGGGUACGAGUACGCGGCGGCGCUGACGCCGGGCGUGGCGGAGAGCACGUCGUCGGGCAUGCUGAACGCCGCGUCCGAGGUGAUGGGCAUCGCGCUCACGCUGGCCGCCGGGGAGCUGCUGGAGCACGCGGGCGACCGCCUCACCAACCUCGCGCUCACCGCCGUCCUCGCGCUGGGCUUCCUGCUGUCGGCGCUCGUGCGCGACGGCGACCUGCGCGCGCGCGGCGCUGCGGGCGGCGGCGGCGGCGGCAGGGGCGACGCCGUGGAGCCCGUGCCGCAGGAGCC